AUGGGCGAUGUUCUAAAAUCUAUAAAGUGGAUGAACGAGCGGGCUACAUCAAACAAAGCUUAUGUUCCUACCAGGGUGGAAAACCUAGCCAAUGUGUGUACCCAUGCCCUGUGCGUGGCUCCAGCCUCAUUUGGUGCUCGGGAGCUGUUGACUCGCUCUGUGAACGCCCCUCAGGCCAUUGCCGCUGUGGUCUACGGCCUGGCUCUGUGUUUGCUGUUUGCUGUCUCGACCACAUUUCAUUCAGUAUGCUGCUGCAAAUCCGAAACGAAGAUGAAACAUUUCCUCCACCGCUGUGAUCGAGCCAUGAUAUACAUAUUCAUAGCCAGCUCCUACUUCCCCUGGCUGACUGUGGGGACGCUGUCUUGUUGGAUGCUGCGUGAAUUAAGAUGGGCUAUCUGGCUGUUAGCUGUGCUGGGGAUCACCUAUCAGCAGAUCUUCCACGAGCGGUACAAGAUGUUGGAGCUGCUACUGUACUUGGUCAUGGGACUCGGGCCAGCUGUGAUUAUUGUCACUUCAAAUCAUCAGUUCCCGGCGAUGCACGACCUCAAGAUGGGAGGUUUGUUAUAUUUGAUAGGUGUUUUCUUCUUCAAGAGCGACGGUCGCAUACCAUUCGCUCACGCCAUAUGGCACGUGUUCGUCGCCCUGGCCGCCUCAGUCCACUACCUGGCGAUACUCAGACAUCUCUUCCCUGAACUAAACACAGAAUGA